GAGCGGCAUCUUCCAACCUUUGCGUCUCGUCGUUCGGAUGGUCUACGAUUCGUCUUUCCUGUUAACUGUAAAGGACCGUGUAACGGAAAAGUUGAAGACACUUGGUGCAUUCAUUGAUGAUGAGCUACCUGACUAUAUCAUGGUUAUGGUAGCAAAUAAAAAGAGUGAAAGCGGAAUGGCCAAAGACUUACAAUUAUUCUUGGGAGAACAUACCAAGAAAUUCACUGAAUGGCUGCAUCUCACACUGGAAAAUUUGAAGGGCUCAGGUCGUGACUCUAAUGAAAGUCGAAAAGAUAGUGAAGGUGUACGUCGCUCACGAUCGAAGUCUGGUAAACGGAAGAUUGCAAGACUCCAUUCUCCUGAGUCUCAUAAUGACCGUUCACGAUCAAGGUCACCCCUGGAACUUAUUAAACACGGUAAACGUGCCAACAGCUCACGCGAGCCUCAUGGAGAAGCGGAUGUUGUCGGUAUAAAAGUCCCUGCUGAUACUCAAGCUCCUGUUGAUAGUGAAGGAUAUAACGUUAAAGAACGGAAAGUUAUGUCCACUUCAUCUUUGUCGAAGAAAAUUAGCCAAGAAAACGAUAGAGUAUCAUCGGAUAUACAUGAUGAAAUUAACCUGAAGUCGGUUGUUGAGGUAAAAAACUCAGAAAGUCACAAGCGUACAAGGACGAAAUCAGAAUAUCCCCAACCUUCAAAUCUAUUGCUCAAACGAGCCAUGAACGAAGCUAAAGCAAGUACAAUGGCAAGUGAAUCCCAUUUCCAAACCCAACCAAAACGGAAACCAAUCGCUCGACCAGUGGCUUGUUCUGAUGUGUCAUCAUCUUCGCAGCCUGAUUCCACAAGAUUCUUCAUCACUUUGUCUGGUGCCGAAGCUAAUCCAAUACAACUGACAACUUCAUCCAAUCUUCGUAAUUCAUCGAGAGUUGAUCAUUUACGAAGUGUUGGUUACUCUGACGAAACUGGUGUACUGAACGAUACGAGACUGCGACUUGGUUCUCGCCUAGUAAACUCCACAUCAUUACGCGGUGAUGGUAGAAUAAGUGCCAAACAUCGUCUUGGCCCUGUUAUUCAAUCCAACGCACGCAUUGUUAGUGUCUCCCGAAGCGAUGACAACUUCAACUAUAGUUCAGGCAAUGAAUUUGAUGAUCUCGUUGAAGGGGAUUAUGUAGAAAUAGCUUGUGAUGAUGCAUAUGUAGAUGAUGUAGUUGAUGAAGACUUACCGCUUAAAGAGAACUGUGGAUCCCGUUCUAAAUUAUCUUUGGGCGAUAAACUAAGCCAGCAAAUACCACAGUUGGUAGUAAAUCUGAACGAAACUGACGAGGAGGAAGAUGUUGCCACUCUUCGAACUGAGACAGAAAGACAAAAGCGCAAGAUCUCGACCAAAAGUAAAGAAAAAACUCAAAAUGCAACAGAUUCUGUUAAGGAAAGUGGAACUCAACAGAACAUCCCAAGCUCCUUAGAGCGUUGUAAAUUUUGGCCCAGUUGUCGAAAUGGAACUUCCUGUCCAUAUAUCCAUCCUUCAGAACCAUGUCAGUUGUUUCCACGAUGUAAAUUUGGUGCAACAUGUACAUUUAUUCACCCACCAUGUCGUUAUGGUGCGUUAUGUACACGUGCUGACUGUCCUUUCACACAUUCGUCAAACGACUUUUACGUAAGUGUAUUUUUUCCGUAGUUAGGAUAUUGCUCGUUUCUAUUUCAAUGUAUGUAACCAGUGUUUCUAAAAAAAAUCAUCCUGCAGCCAUAUCACGUAUGCUCAUCAGUAGGUCGUAACUCAUCUCUUUUGCCUUCCACUAACUUAUGCCAUAUCUGAAGUUACAUUCUUUUUACACAUUUCCACCUACCUUAACGAUCCGUUACCCAAAUGCAUUCUUCCUGAAUUUCUCGCACGUACAAAAGAAGAGGCAGUAUCCAGCGUAUUCUUAUGCAUAUUGUCAAAGUCAUCCCAUUACAGAGACGUUGCUGUAGUUAGGUUGGACCGUGAUGUAUUCAUUCUAGUGUUCCAACUAGCACAUAACACGCUUAUUUUCCAGCAAAUAUAACUACCAGACCUUUUAAUUGGUUGUCAAAUUGGGUUUAUCAUGAAGUUAUCGUUUGCUAAUCAUGAUCCUCACCACAUCGCUUCCUUUGACUUUGCAUUUGGUUGCUCAGCUGUCUCUCCAUUAAAUCUUAUAGUUUUCUCCCCAUUUGAAAAAGUUGUAAUGUAUUUUGUGGUGUAUAGUUUCCCCCAGAAAUCAAUCAUUUACAUCCAUAUGCAUCACCUAGGUGUAAAGCUUUCAACAUUUGAAAAUAUUUUCUUGAUGUUUUCAUGUGUAUCAUGAAUCUAUUUUAAGUCAGUUAUGAAUUCCAAAAACCUCGCCUGGUUAACUAGUUCACUAGUUACUAGCCGGUCCUAAGCCCGGGUAAGCCCGGGUUCAGCAUAGGGCUACCAACCCUACCCCGCAAAAAGAAUCUAACCACCGAAGAAACUUCAAAGCACAAACGAUAUAUAAAAAAUAAAAACAAACUUAUUCCUCGCUGGAAUCGGAGAGGCGAAAUGACGCCAGUUGGUGAAAGCCUGCCUUCGGGAAGCCAAUUGGCCGAUGUGUCUUCUCUCCCUAGAUGAAAGCGAAAGUAAACGUGGGGACAUGGAAUGUCCGCACGAUGUUUGAACCCAGCUGGCAAGGCAGCCCAGAUUGCAAACGAGAUGAGAAGGUAUCACAUUGAAGUGCUUGGAAUUUGCGAAAGCAGAUGGAAUGGGAGUGGACUCUCCAAACUGUCAACUGGAGAAUCAAUAAUCUACUCCGAUAUUGUCACCCAGAUGACAACCACGAGCACACUGAGUUAUGGAGUGGCUAUCAUGAUGUCCCCAACAGCAUCGAAGGCUCUCAUGCAGUGGGAACCAAUCUCCUCCUGCAGGAUCAUGACAGCAAGGUUCAACUCAAAAUGAAGGAAGGUCACAAUCAUACAACGCUACGCCACACACCUACAAAUAAUGCAGAGCAAGAGAAGAAGGAGGAAUUCUACAGACAACUUCAAUCAACACUGGACAAGACGUCAGUUGGCGAUAUCAAAAUUCUAAUGGGCGACAUGAAUGCCAAACUGGGAGCAGAAAACACAGGAAGAGAACUAACCAUGAGUCGAGAAGCGCUCGGUGAGGUGAUGAACGAGAAUGGAGAAUUGUUUGCAGAAUUCUGUGCAUUCAACGAUUUGGUGAUUGGAGUCAUGCAGUGUGUUCAAGCACAAGGAUAUCCACAAAGUGAGCGACAUGGAUUUCACCAGAUGGAUACACUAAAAAUCAAAUCGACUUUAUCUCAAUCUCAAGAAAAUGGAGACGCAGUCUACUUGACACAAGGUCAAGAAGAGGAGCAGAUGUAGGGUCACACCACUCACUAUCUAGUGCAAGGAACCUUCCAAAUCAAGUUAAAAGCCUUCAAGGAAGCUGGUGAUAGACCUCAAUUCAAGUACAACACUCGGAAACUGAAGGAUGAAACUACAAAGGAGAUCUUCAAGUCAGCCAUCAAGACAAAAUGGGAGAUAUCGAGGAACAUCCUGAAGAAACCUGUGCGGAAGAACACUGGAAGUCUUUGAAAGAGAUGUGGAAAGAAACCUGCACAGCCGUAUUAGGAAGGAAGAAGAAAGAAGACAAGGAAUGGAUCUCGACGGAUACCUGGAAGCUGAUAGAGGAGAGGGAGGAGGAUGGUGAAGCAGAAUAUAAACCAGUGCAUGGAUGCUCAACGACAAGAGGAACUGAGUACAAUGUAUAAAACACUACACUGGACAAAGAAGUGAAGAAGAGUGCACGGAAAGAUAAAAGACACUUCUACGAAACAUUGGCAAGUGAAGCAGAACAGGCUGCAGGUAAGAGAGACCUGACAACAUUGUAUCAAAUAACCAGGUUGCUAUCUGGGAUGGGAGAGAUAAACGCAGACGAAACCAAUAAAAGAUGAUAACGGAAAUUUAAUUACG